AUGAUAUUAUCAGCUACAGAAAGAUCAUACUUGUAUGAGUCAUUGCAACAGUCUCCUCCAAUAAGGCCAGAUGGGAGAAGUAUAAAACAAUUCAGACCUAUUCAAUCACAUAUUGGGUUCCUAGAUAAUUCUAAUGGUUCAGCUAAAAUAACACUGAGUGAUGGAAGUGAAUGUAUUGUUAGUAUCAAAGCACAAGUCGUUGAUAAAUCUACUACUCCAGAUCUAAUUGAUGUUGAUGUUGAUGUUGCUGGCUAUAGAGACGAUUCUUCAUUUAUCCUGAACUUGAUUGCAACAUUGAAAACUUUAUAUUCAAAACAUAUCUCAAAAGAAUCAUUAAAUCUUACUACAAAAUUUGCAUAUAAACUAUUUAUUGAUGUUUCAGUGAUAUCCAAUUACUCACAUCCAUUAACAUUGAUUUCUUUUACAACUUAUUUGGCUUUGAAUAAUACUUAUUUACCAAAGAUUACAUCUAGUGUUGAUGAUAAAGAAAUUGAAGAACAACCUACAUUCCAUGAUUAUGAAUUCAAUAAAUUAACUGGUAAAUUUCCAAUCAUAUUCACUUUAGCCAUAGUGGGGAAGAAUUACAUUCUUGAUCCAAAUGUUGAAGAGAUGGAGGUUAGUGAUAAUGGGCUAAUAGUUAGUUGGUUUGAUGGGAAACCAAUUUCCCCUACUGAGAAUGUGAAGUUGAAUGAUGAUAAUUUGAAAAGUGUCAAGCCUCAAUUGAUACUGAGCAGUAUCAACUUGGUGAAAGAGAUUGCAGGUAGUGUCAUUGCCUCAUUAGAUGCUGCUGAAUAG